CAAGUGUUCCGGAGUUCCUCGAACGCACCAAUCUUAGUAAAACCAACAUGGCGCCUUCCAAAAAGCGCAACGUGAAUCCGCGAAAUACAUCAGAAAGAGGCUCUAAAGCAGCCAAAGUCGACCUGGAGAGUGUCGUGGAUCGCAUACUGGAAAGCAGAAAACACGCGAACGACGUUUUUGACAUCCUCGAGUCUCUGCAGUCAGAAAAAGAGAGGGAUGUUGUCAGUGCCGUGGACGCGUGCUGCAGGCUGUUUUCCACCUUGUUGGAGAGGAAAGAUCUGUUUGUGGGGAAACUUCCUGCAGAAGAUGAAGCUUUGAGUGGAGAGUACAGCGCUGAGGACAAGUGUCGGAUCUUCAUGCGACAUCGCUACAACGCCUGUGUGGAGAUCCUGCUGGAGCAUCUAAACCACGAAGAGUUUGGAGUCAAAGAAAGUGCCUUGUGCUGCUUAAUGAAGUUUGCAGCCAGACAAGGUCAGCAUCCUCUAGAAGACUUGGACUGGAGUGAACAUCACAGCUUUCCAUGGGAGCUAAUGCUGGCGGUGGUGGAGAACCUCACGUCUAAGAGCACCGACAACACUCUGCUGAUCUCCAGGUUCCAGGAGUUCCUGGAGAUGGAUGACGUUCGCUACUACGUCAUGAGCGCCCUGCGGGAGUCUGUGGGGAAAGUCAUGGACAAAAACAAAGGGACCGUACUUCCUGUGUAUCAGAACAACGUCUUCACCCUGAUGUCCAGCAUAAAUAUGCCGAGUCAGCAGUCGGAGUUGACCAACUUUAUGGUCAAGCAGGAAGCUAAACUGGAGAAUUGGAAAGCUGCAAAACUCAAUGAGCACAAGCGAGCGUUUGAGAAGAUGUGGCUCAGCUUCCUCAAGUAUAAGUUGCCAAGCAACAUUUAUAAGAAACUCUUGGUGAUCCUCCAUGACUCUAUUUUGCCGCACAUGAGCAAACCCACUCUGAUGAUCGACUUUUUGACCGCUGCCUAUGAAGUCGGCGGCGCCAUCAGUCUGCUGGCCCUUAACGGCCUGUUUGUCCUCAUUCAUCAGCACAACCUGGAUUAUCCAGAUUUCUAUAAAAAACUGUACAAUCUUCUGGAGCCGACAGUUUUCCACGUGAAGUACAGAGCGCGCUUUUUCCAUCUCGCUAAUUUGUUUCUCAGCUCCAGUCAUCUGCCGCUCUACCUGGUGGCCGCAUUCGCCAAACGCCUGGCUCGUCUGGCUCUCACGGCUCCGCCCACGGGCCUCCUCAUAGUGCUGCCCUUCAUCUACAACCUGAUCCGACGCCACCCGUCCUGCAGGGUCCUCCUUCACAAGCCCAGCACAGAGGACGAGCCUGUUGAGGAUCCGUAUUUGAUGGAUGAGGAGGACCCUGCUCAGUGCCGAGCCUUAGAGAGCAGCUUGUGGGAAAUAAAGACACUACAGAAGCACUACCAUCCAGAUGUGGUCAAAGCUGCCAUGAUGAUCAACACGCCCUUAUCAGAGCAGGAGGAGGACAUCAGUGAAGUGCUGGAGUUAACAACGUAUGAGUUGAUGGAGAGAGAUUUGAAGCAGCCUCAGGACAAGAAGAGCAUCCCCCUGGAGUUUGAAACCGCCACACAGCUCCUGAAAGGAGGCGGCGAUGUGUUAGCACAUCACUUCUGUCUGCUUGCAGAUGAAUAAAAAUGGGUAGCUGGAUUCAGACUAAAAAAUAGUUUUAUGCCUUUUUAAGUUUGACUGCAGCUAAUGUUUUUGUGCUU